AUGACUAUCGAUCUUAAGGGUCUUGUUCCUGCCCCUGUCACGCCUUUUACCAAGGAUGGCCAGGUCGACUAUCCCGCUAUCCAGCGCCUCGGCUCGUGGCUUGGUCAGCAAAAGGGUAUCAAGGGUCUCGUUGUGCUCGGACACGCUGGCGAGGGGACGUUCUUGACGCCUGACGAGCAGGUGGCCGUCAUCAAGGCCUUUGUCAAGUCUGUCGACAAUAAGGUCCCCAUCAUUGCCGGCAUCACCGGCGAAGGUACCGAAGUGGCUGCUCUCGAGGCGAAGCGGGCCAAGGAGGCGGGUGCCCAGGCUGGCCUCCUGUACCCUUCGCACGGCUGGCUCCGCUUUGGCUACCAGCCCGGUGCUCCCCAGGACCGCUACAAGGUCGUCUACGAGGUGUCGCAGCUGCCUCUCAUCCUCUUCCAGUACCCGGACAACACCAAGGCCAACUACAACCUGCAGACUCUCCUCGACAUUGCUGCCCUUCCGGGUGUCAUCGCCAUGAAGAAUGGCGUCCGAAACAUGCGUCGCUGGGACACGGAGAUCCCCGUCUUCCGUCGCGAGCGUCCCAACGUGCCUGUCCUCACCUGCCACGACGAGUACCUCUUGCACACUGUCUUUGACGUGGACGGCAUGCUGGUCGGCUACGGCAACAUCGCCCCCGAGGCUCUGUACGAGAUGAUCCUCGCGGGCAAGGCCAAGGAUUACAAGCGGGCGCGUGAGUUGCACGACCAACUCUUGCCUGUGACCAAGGCCGUGUACCACCGUGGAUCUCACAUGGAGGGUACUGUGGCGCUGAAGCACGCACUCGUUGCGAGGGGUAUCCUGGAGCACGCGACGGUCCGCUCGCCGCUGCUGCCAUUGCCCGACGGUGCUGAGCAGGAAAUUCACUCGGCCAUUGCGACGGCAUCUCUCAGCAAGGUUGCAUAA